AUGUGGAGUUUGAUGCGGCGCUGGUCGACAGAGGAGACACACGUCCCCAGCCAUCUCGAUGAAGGCGAAGACCAAGAUAACAACCCUCGCCGCGCGGCGACCCUGAAAGAUGGCAUUAACGAUGUCUACACGCCCAUGAUCCGCACACUGAGUCCCUUCCGCCCUCCGCCGCUGGAUCCAGUCAUACUCCACGGAUACAAGGACAGCACGCCCGCGGGAUCGAGGCUGCUGACGACGGUGGUGGCGGAGGAGAUUCGGACCAUGGUGCCGGAGCGGCUGCGCAUCACCGAAGACUGGCGCUUGGUGUAUAGCAUUGAGCAGCACGGCACGAGCCUGACGACUUUAUACCAGAAGUGCAGGCAGUAUGAGGGCAUGAGGGUGGGCUUUGUGCUGGUUGUGAAAGACCAAGAGGGCGGGACAUUUGGCGCCUAUCUCUCCGAGUACCCUCAUCCGGCUCCAUCCUAUUUUGGUAACGGUGAAUGCUUCUUGUGGCGUGCCUCGACAUUGACGUCUCUUCCGCUGCCACCGUCGGCCGACACGACGUAUUUGACGCGCAGUACGACGCUCGCCCCCCCGCCUCGAUCUGGGGCUUCGACACCAAGAUCGAUAGAUACGACACCUGGCAUUCGCUUCAAGGCGUUUCCAUACAGUGGCCUCAACGACUUUUACAUCAAUUGCGAGACAGGAUUCUUGAGCGUGGGGUCUGGCGGUGGACAUUAUGGCCUGUGGCUGGACGACUCGCUUGAUGUGGGACACAGCGCGACUUGCGAGACCUUUGGAAACGAACCACUCAGUGACGCAGGGUCCAAGUUCAGCGUCAUAGGCGUUGAGCUUUGGGUGAUUGGUGCAUGAAAGAAGAGUGCGGCUUCUUUUUUUUUUAUUGUCUGGUCUAUCUGGUCUACGGCUCUGGCGGGGGAAACACAUCAUUUUGAAAGGGCUUGAUGCUCUUUCCACAUCUCCUGGAGCUCCUUCUCCUCCGCUUCAUCUUAUUUAUAUUGGGAUGACUCAACCAAUUUUUUUUUUCAAAGUGGAAUAAGCGGCGCAGUUUCACAGCAUAAUGAAUCAACGGUAUCAGAAGAGUUGAGGAAGUGCAUCAUAUCAUAGGAUCUACGUCAAAUCCGUGUAUAUACCAUGCCAGAGCUCAUGUCGAAUGCGAUGAUGAGUGAGACGGAGAACAAGCGAAAGGCAUAUGAGGCUGACCAUGGCCAGAAAGAGGUGGGGAAGAGUAAUAACAAUGCUUGAUGCUUAGACAGACAGAUGAUUUAUACUAUGAUACCCAGAAACCAAAUUGAAAGAGCGCUAUUUCCC